AUGUCUGCCUUCCAUCGUAGUGAUCUUAGACAAUCUUUGGAAUGGUUGGCAGAUGAGUGGGUACACAUAGAAUCAAGAUCUGAUCUCGUGAGUUCUGUGCUAUCCUUGAAGAAAAAAGAGAUCGAGGUGAAGCAUGAUGAGAAGCCAUCUGAAGUUGGUGUUGUUAAUGGUGGGAUGUCACUGAAGGAGGCUGCUAAACUUAGCUUUGCUCGUCCAGUAGUUAGAACCAGGAAGGCAUCCACUAAACGACCAGUUCCAGAUCUUCUAAAGGAUGUCCUAGUCUCUGAUUUAAAGUGGAAAGCAUCAAGGAAGCGGAAUCGAACUGUUAGUGGCUGUACGCACAAUCCUAGCUUGACUGGUGGUUUUUCUUCUGAAAGAUCCUUUGAUUGUGAGAACUGCAAGUUCAUGGGAAAUUCUCUGUUUGGCUCUUCGAAGAAGCGGAACCGAAUUGUCAGUUGCUGCCCGCACGAUCCCAGCUUGAAUGAUGGAUUCUCACGUGAAAAAUCCUCGGAUUGUGAGAACUGCAAAUUCGCGGGAGAUUCUCUUUUUGGCUCUUCAGUUGGGCAGCCAUUGUCAGGCCUCUUAAUGUCAAGAUGA